AUGCCACUCCGCUUACCAUUUGGUGUGCUAAAUUAUAUCACACACUUUACCGAGCUAGCCAUCAAGAAAAUCGAAGACUUGGCAGAAACAAUCGAAGAACAUAACAUGGACGGUCAUAUCUUACCAGAGCACCUCAUUGAAGACAUAAAUUGUUUGACUUCCCAUCUACAAACCUUUCGACCUGAUGAUAACAUCCCAAUUUUCCUUGGUCCCGGCAUGAAGGUACAACAAAUAAUCUCCAACAACCUCGAAGUGGCUUGGUAUCUCUCGGCGUGCCUUUACUUCCACAAUCGAAUCAACCACAUCUUCGUGGACGACACUUCCAUCCCUGUGGAUGCCAUCUUGAUGUGCCUGCUCCAUGCCGAAGAGCUCAAGGCACUGGUGGCACUCGAGGUGAUGCACAGAGAUCCACCCGUCACCUUCCCUGCUUUUGUGGGAGCCUGCAACAGCAAGGACUGCCAGUUGUGGGCAUCCUUGUGGCGUUCGUUGCAGCAAUAUGACCUUCCAAAUGUCACGGCACAGUGGACUGCCGUCCAGGACAUUUGGAAUCUCAUUGAUGAGACUCGGGAGGAAGGAAAGGAGGAUUUGAGCUGGGUGGAUGUUAUGCGAAGGCCCGAUGGACUCUCAUUGAGGCAUUUCUUUGAACGCCGUGGGUUUUAUUGA